AUGUUGUUUCGUCGAGCAAAUUGUGAGAAAAGAGAAGACGUCCUCCAGAUUUCCUUUGAAGAGUUCCAGAAACCCAUUUCUGAGAAGAAUUCUUGGAUGAAAAGUUUCCUGGAAACGAAGAAAUAUAGACCUACAGGUUACUGGAGCGAUUAGAAAAUAUUUCUUUAUGUUUUUUGGCGCUUUUAAAAGAGUUGUUGAAAGAAGGGAUUUCAAAUCAAAGGUUCAUGUGUUGUUGCUGACUUCUUUGGUUUUUGGAAAAUUCUAGAAAUCAGCUUAAAUACUUUCCGAUGUAUAUGAAGAUCCUGAGUUUAUCAAGAUAUGAAAAGUUCUCCAAAACCUGAAAGUUUUAAUUCUUGCACGCAACUUAAAAAAAAACUACCUUUGAGCAGUAAUUUUUGAAAAAUACAGCUGUAAAGUUCAAAAACUUUUCUAAUAUUCCAAGUUUUUCUUCUGGCAAGUUUUCAAAGAGUUCCAGAGAGAAAAGUGCAAUAUUUUUUGAUUGGCAGGUCCAAGAUUCGAAGACGGUUCUAUCAACUGGCAGUGUUCUUGCAUGGCGGGAGGUUCUCUAGUCGCUCACAGGUAUAAAUUGGAUAAAAUUGCUCGAAGAACUGUUUUUUGAGGUGCGGCCAUUACUUCCGGACGCUUUACACGUGUAUGUCGAGUGAGGAAAAUGCCGACGCCGCCGUCAAAUGUCCCAAUCAGUUUGUGGACUGGGUCGCCUGCAUGCAGAACCUCCCCAGUUCGUUGGCCUGGCCUCACAUUGAUGCAAUGAGUGUUUGUAGCUGAACGACGAGAGCAAAUGCGACAGGCCAUGCUGUCUGAGACGGAACCACUCAGCGUCCAGAAGUAA